UAUAAAAUCUCCAAAACCAUCCAAACUUUUCAUUCAUCACCAAUGUCUUCCUCAACCACCACCACCGUACUCCUCCUCUUCAUCCUCUCUCUCUCGACCGCUACCGCCGCCACUUCCUACGCUCCAACCGCCUAUGAAAUCCUCAAAAGCUACGACUUUCCAGCCGGCCUACUCCCUACUGGAGUAACUGGGUACGAGCUCGACCGCGACACAGGGAAAUUCAAGGUCUUCUUACCUGAAACAUGUAAGUUCAGCAUCGAAGGAUAUGAUCUAGAAUACAAAUCAACCAUUACCGGAGUCAUAUCGAGCGGCCGCCUUUACAAACUCAAGGGUAUUAGUGUUAAGGUGUUGCUUCUAUGGCUUAACAUCGUCGAAGUCGAUAAUAAACACGGCGAGCUUCAGUUUUCCGUCGGUAUUAUGUCCGCGAACUUUCCCGUUGAAGGUUUCGAAGAGUCGCCUUCUUGUGGUUGUGGAUUUGAUUGUAAUGGCGCUAAUCUUGCAGCUCUGGUAUCAUCUUCUUGAUUUUGAUUACUUUUUAGGCAAAACUUAGUUAAUUAAUUAAUUAAGGGGAAUCAUAAAUGUAUUGAAUUGUUCUCCAUUUGUAUUAGGGACCUUUUAAUACUAGUACAAGUGGAAAUAUUAAGCACAUUCAAUCAUGAAUAAUACCGAUCCACGGCGUGAUUUUGUUAUGCAUUUAACCAUAGGAUUGCCCUUAUUAAUAUGAUAUAACUAUGUAUAAAUUAAUGUUAGUGCAUGAUUAUUGAUUCUCUUGA